GCGCGCAGCUGGCUGUUGGCUCUCGGCGCUUGACAGAUGGACGUCGGUUUGACUCUGGAGUCAGGGCAGUGAACAUUUGUGGAAAACAGCAAGAAAACCGGGGUUGUUUUUUGUUUGUUUUGUCUGCAAUGAGAGGUGAACAGACUGAAAAUGGAGAAAACUCAACGAACUCGCAGAGCGAAAUGCUGAUCAACCAGCUGAAGGAGAUCACGGGCAUCCAGGACCCGCAGAUUCUCUACAGUGCCUUGAACGCCAGUCAGGGCGACAUUGGACAUGCUGUUGGACUACUGACAACCCAGACUGCAGAGGUCCAGGAUUCUGGAGAACCCCAGGAAUCAGGGACCUCUGGAGAGGCCUGGGAGGGCCAGAAAAGACUUCCUAAGGAUGAAUUGCAGACCGCUAUAGAACUCAGCCUGCAGGAGUCCCAUAAUGCCCAGGAAGAGGAGAGAGAAUUUAACAGGGCUCUGGAGGCCAGUGCAGAGGAAAAUGCAGCAAGAAUGAAAAGGAAGAGAUCUGAAGCCCAGAGUGAGAUGUGCAGCCCUGGAGACUGGAUCCGUCAGGACGACUGGCCAGUGGGCAUUCGCAAUGUUGGAAACACCUGCUGGUUCAGUGCUGUCAUCCAGUCACUGUUCCACCUGCCUGUGUUCAAGAGGCUGGUUCUCAACUACCAUCUGUCUGAGCGAAUACUGGAGAAGUGUAAGAGCCAUUCUGACAAGAGGAACAUAGCUUUCAUGCAGGAGCUACGCUGUCUGUUUGCCCUGAUGGUGGGCUCCACUCGCAGGUUUGUGGAUCCUUCAGCUGCAGUGGAGUUACUGCGAGAUGCCUUCAGGACCAGUGAGGCCCAACAGGAUGUCAGUGAGUUUUCCCACAAACUGCUUGACUGGCUAGAGGAUGCAUUUCAGCUGGCCGCCAAUGGAAAUAACGCAGAAGACAAACAACAAAAUCCCAUGGUCCAGCUUUUCUAUGGUACCUUUGUGACAGAAAGAAGACAUGAGGGUAAGACUUUGUGCAAUAUCGAGCAGUUUGGCCAGUACCCCCUGCAAGUCAAUGGCUUCAACAACCUGGAUGAAUGCCUAGAAGGUGCUAUGGUUGAGAAGGAGAUUGAGUCACUACAUUCAGAUCACAGCGUCACAUCUGGCCGCGAGAGAUGGUUCAAAAGGUUACCGCCCGUCUUGACUUUUGAGCUGUCUAGAUUUGAAUUCAACACCCAGCUCGGCCGUCCUGAAAAGAUACACAAGAAACUGGAGUUUCCACAAAUCAUUUAUAUGGACAGAUAUCUUCACAAAAACAUAGAACACACCCAUGAGAGGAGAGGAGAAGUGAAAAAACUCAAGGAGCAACUUGCAGCUCUUCAACGUAAACUUGAGUGCUACAGAAACUAUGGCUCAGGACCUACCAAGUAUCCUCUGGCUGACAUGCUCCAGUUUGUGCUGGAGUUCGCUACCACCAAGCCUUCAAAUGUUUCCCCAGCUGAAGAUUUGAGACCAACUUCAUCUUCACCGACUCCUACAAGCCUCAGUGAAGCCAUUUCCAAAGACAGCAGUGAACCUGGAGACGCAGAUUCCUCGGAGGGCCUGGUUUCCAGUGUUUCCAGUUGCCAGCGUACCCCCAUAUACAAGCCCUUCACCCAGUGCAGACUCCCCAUUGAAUGCCCACCACACCCAGCUCCCCACAGCAUCACUGAAGAAGAGCUGCACUUUGUUAAGACCUGCCUACAGCGUUGGAGGACUGAAGUCGAGAAUGACAUAAAUGAGCUAAAGGCCAGCAUUGACAAGCUCACUCAGAUGCUUGAGGGCAUGUACUCAGAUAACAGUCUCUGCCAGGUACCCUACAGACUCCAUGCAGUGCUUGUCCAUGAAGGCCAGGCAUCAGCAGGUCAUUACUGGGCCUACAUCUACGACCAUGCCAACCAGCGCUGGAUGAAGUACAAUGAUAUAAGCAUCACUGAGUCGUCGUGGGAGGAGCUGGAACGAGACUCUUUUGGGGGCAUGACCAACGCCAGUGCCUACUGCCUGAUGUACAUUGAUGACAGGCUACCCCACCUUAUUACAGAUGACACAGAUGAUGAGACAGGCCAGGCACUGCAUGGCAUGGACUCCCUACCGUCUGUCCUCAGGCGCUACGUCCAUGAAGAUAACCGCUGGUUCCAGCAGGAGCUCAGUGAAUGGGAGGAGCAGUUCUGCCAGACUGCAACCCCACAGGGAGAGUCUACAACCUCUGCAGAGCCCCCAAACCCCAGUCCAGACAAUGUAGAGCAAACACCAGUUAAACCAGCACCCCAGUCAGGACCAUCCACUGAAGAGCUGGAGGAGCAGGGAGCAUCUUCAGAGCCACAACCAGACCCAGAAGCAGAGAAGGAUCCAGAGCCCGAACCCAGACAAAAACCUGAAGAAGAAUCAGAGUUAGCGCCACCACCAUCACAGACUGGCUGCCAGCCAGACAGCACCAACAGUGCAGCAGUCACUGACACCCCGGCGCCGAGCCAAAGUUCCACCUCAGCUGAGAAGGAGCUUCAGAGUCAGACUCCUGGUCCUGAAGCAGAGUUUAAUAACCAGGCACCAUCUGACCUCCAUGAGGAGAAGGACGACACACAGGUGGCAAGCCCUGGCCCACAAGCUGAGGGCGAGCCAGAGGCUUCUGGAGAAUCUCCUGAGCAGGAAGCAAAGCAGGAGGAUGAGGAAGAACAACAGGUGGUUCAAGCUAGACAGCGACAGACUGAGAAUGAGGUCUCGGAAGUGGAGAUCCCCAAUGUGGGCAGGAUCAUGGUGAGAGCUGAUGCUGAUGGAUACAAUGAAGAGAUGAUGCUGACUCCAGCUAUGCAGGGCGUCAUUCUAGCCAUAGCUAAAGCCAGACAAGUUUUCGAUAAGGAAGGCCCUGAGGCUGGCCUCAUCAAGGCCUUCCAUGAGGAGUAUUCGCGCUUGUAUGAGCUCUCCCAGGAGGAGACGACACCCCAGGAGGACUGUCGUCUGCAGCAUGCUCUGGUCUACUUCUUCCAGAACAAAGCACCCAAACGCAUUAUUGAGAGGACACUGCUGGAGCAGUUUACUGACCGCAACCUGAGCUUCGAUGAGAGGGCCAUCAGUAUUAUGAGAGAGGCCAGAUCCAAGCUGCGCCUCAUCAAGCCAGAGGACAUGGAUAUGGAUGAGUACUUGCAGUGGCAUGAUGACUACAGGAUGUUCAGAACAGUGUUUGUCUACCUACUGACUGGGCUGGAACACUACCAGCAUGGGAAAAUGCGGGAGGCACUGACAUACUUGGCUCAUGCGUAUGAAACCAACGCCAACCUGCUGAAGAACGGAGAGAAACGUGGCAUGGACAAGUCUCUUAUUGCAGUUUACAGGAGAAAAUGCCUCACUGCACUGAAUGAAAGCGCAUCACGGCUGUUCUGCAGUGGUGAGGAGACCAAUGUGGAAGAGGGCAUUGCCAUCAUGGACGAGGCUGUCAUCCCAUGCCUUCACCUGAUGAGCCGGGACUCCACUUUAUCCCAGGAAGAUCGGGACGCCAUGGAGAACAUCCGCAGCCACUGGUGCUGCUGCCUCGGCCAGGAAAUGGAUGACUCAUUGCAAGUGAAGCUGGGUGAGUUUCUGCCGAGGGUCCUGGAUGGUUCAGCUGAGACAGUAGUUCUUAAAGACCCACCCAAAGUCCACGUCAACCAGGCACACGACCUGUGCAGUCGCCUGGCUGCCGUCAUGGAGUCCAUCCACAGCACCUCGAUAGUCAUCGUUAAGUAAAGCCCAUAAUGAAACAUCCUCCUUGAACUGUGCAUCUGACCUGCAAGCAACUUGGCCGAUGGAUCGUGGAGUUUUCAACAAGCCAAAUUAUGUAUUUUAUUUUAUCUGCUGGUUUAUCAAUGCACAUGCAUAUCAUUUUGAUGUUUUAACAUAGAAAGCUGUAAGCACUCUUUAGGGGUAAAUAGGUGAUGUGUUAGAGUUGUCAACCCCAGGAAUACAUUACGACUAUGUCAAUUUCACCCCAAAACCUCUGAAACAUCCCUCAAGAUGCCUCUAAACUAUCUAUCUUCACUACCCUCAGCAACCCCCAAUCUGUUGAGCAGCAGCGGGUUAUGCCUAAAAGGUAGUAGCCCACUGUAUUUGUUUUUCUCCCGUGAUCCGGAAAACUGCCUACCCUAAUGUAGUUUUAAAACCAUGUUUUAGCCUUUCUGCCACUGACUCUUCAACUUUGAAUGCAUCAUUUUGGUAGCCACUCCAAGAGCGCAUUACUUACUGUCAUGGCCAUUUCUCGUACCACGUAGUAACAUUGAUCUAAAAAGUUGUAUAAAGCUGUAAUCAGCGCCAUCUAAAACCAACCUGCUGAUUGGCACACUGAAAAGUUCAGACAUGGAUAUGUUUUAUUGGCCUUACUCUGUCACUCAGCUCUGCAGAAAGUGACUGCAAGAUUUGUGGAUGUGUUGCUAAGCAGUGUGAAUGCACAAUAAGGCCUUUAGACAGGGCUUUAAAAAACACUAGAUUUUUACUGCACAGUAACAAAUACUGUUUAUGAGCUUUUUUAAAUAUAUGUUUUAUAUUACUUUGUAUUUUUCCAAAAUUCUAGGAAAUCUUACACGUAGGUGAAGCUAGAAAGAAAGAUGCUCAGAUGUACUGAUCUGAGUAAAUCUGUGUACUGGAACUAUUAUGCAGUAGCAAUUCUUCUUUAUUCAAGUUUAACAGUGCCCUGGUGGACAACACCUUGCUCAACAGAUGUGCCUUCUCUCCCUUUUGAAGGAUUCUCUGUAAACCAUUAAACCUUCAAAAGGAAGGACAUGGGACAAAAAGUUUAAGUCCUUCUUUUUUUUCUGAUGUACCAGAUGCAAUGCAGUACCAUGAAUGAAUCCUCUGAAUCUGGGUUUUCAGGUCAGAAACAUGGAGCUACUCUAACAGCCAUUUCUGGCUGCUGAAUUCACACUGCUAUUUCACUUGUAGUCUGUGAUGAUACUCAAUAAACAUUUUAAAUACUC